AAAUAAUUUCACGCAUGGCAACGACUGCGCGGUCAGCUAGUUUAUAAUAAAUUUAAAUAAAUAAACAAUACAGUGUCUCUCAAACCACUCAAACAAACACUGGGCUCCCCCAACAAAAUGUUGCUUCAGUGCAAUCGCACAUGUUUCGCCCCAACCUAACGUCUGAUCCAACCGAACUGCAGAACGACAAACUACAUCGGCCGGUCGAUGUUAACAGCUACUGUGACGCCAGCGCAGCCAUGGACGUCGAUGUCAGUCCCAAUGUAUCCAAACAGCAAGUGUAUCCACCAGCACUUUGCUUGUCGAAUGAGCGCUGUUGUGUUGCCUUGCGCUGUGCUUUUUCAAAUAAAUUUGGGUGCUGCUGCGCCUGCUUUUAAUCUGCGGCUGUCUUUGCUUCUGCUGCUGCUUUUGCUCUGCCACUAAAUUUGCUUUUGCUUGGCUGGCUUGGCUUGGCUUUUGCAGUUUGGUUACCUUUGGGGGCGCGCAUGCAGUCCAGUCUUCGUUUCGCCGUUAUCCUCGUUGGUUCGUUGCUCGAAAUACAGCGUGUUAGCGCGUUGCUACUCGAAUUCAGUGAGUGUUUUCAUACUUAGAUACAUAUAUACAGCACACGUAUUGACAUGGUCGCCGUGGCUGAUGAUGACAGGUGCGAGUAUGUAAGCAACAAAUAAAGUAUUGAAAAGGUGAAAUAUGUUUAAAAUAAAUAAUAGUGCUGAAAGGUCACAUAAUUUUGCAUAAAUUUGGCAUUUUUUUAAGUUUUAUAAAUAAUUUUUGUGUUUCUUAAUAUUUUUCGUGCGCGUCGUGCCAGUGAACUGUGUGUCGAAUGCAAAGCGGCGCGGCGUACAAAAUAGUCGGCGGUGUGUCAGUCAGUCAGCCAACGUGUUGUAUCUAUAGUGUUAACAAAAAAUCACUCGUUCUUAAGUAAUUUCCAUAAAAAAUUGUGAAUUUUAUUGUUGAUAUCGUAUUGGCCAUUGAGGAGCGUAGCGCGCGUUUACAUUGUGCGGCGAGUGAGAAGCGAAAAGUGAAAAAGAGAAAAUAACAAAAUUACUUUCAUAAAGUGCCGCAAAGCAUAGCACAAUCGCACUUUCUGCAGCUGACCUGCCGAUUGCGUGCGACGCGAAUUUGUGGGAGAAAACGUGCAAAGCGCCUGGCGGAAAAGCGGUUCAAAACAAAACUCUGAAUAAAAUAUAUAUCAACUUCCAACUAGGAGCAACUAGAUCUUCGAAUUAGAUUUGACACAAAAUAAACAUUGUUUUAAGAUAACAAACGAAGUGCUGUUAUUCAUUUGAUUGCAGACGAACGCACUAUUUUUUGCUAAGAGGAAAUAGAUAAAUAAAAACAACAACAGCGCAUACAACAAAUGAAUCAAACGAAGCAGAAGCACUGAAAUGAAAAAUCUCACAAAAAGUAGUAAGGAAAGGAUUUAAAAGUAAACAGAAGACCAGAGUCUGAAUGUCCGGAGUGAAAAAGUUAUGAGGCAAAAUUGAAGACACGUAUAUUUACUAAUGCGAUGAACCAAAAACGACAAUGCGGUUAAGGUCAUCACAAUAAAUGUAAUGAAUAAAAGUGGAUGUUGAAUAAACAGCAAAAACGCACACACAACAAAACCAAGUAGUACAUAACGGUGCAAAGGCAAUAAAUACAAAUAAAAAGCGUAUGUGAAAAAGCAAAGCAGAGACAGAAAACUCCUUGCUGCUAGUGAUUUUUGUCCAUAGUUUGUGUCAGAAAGCAACUGUGAAAGAAGCACGAAGAAGAUUUCAAAUUAGAAAGCAAAACAAGAGAAGUGAAAAAACAAAAUAAUAUAUGAGUGUGAAGGAAUAGUUGAAUACGAACAGGACAAGGUAAAUACAGCGAAUGCCAUUUACGUGGAAAACUACUAAACAAACAAAAACAAAGCUGGAAUUGAAAAAAAUACGCUAAAACUUGUUUAUUGACAAUUUUUGUAUAUUUCCUACUAAAAGUCUUCAGAAAAACAUAUCAAUUGCAUUUAAAUUAAAAAAUAAAAUUUUUGAAGCAUAUCUCCAGGUGCAAACCGCUGUGAGAAUUUCCAGUAGACACAAAGACAUUUCAAUUAAAAAAUAUAUAUAUCAUUAAUCAGCGCUUAAUAAAACAAUAAUAUCUACAAAAUAGCGAUAACAGCAAACAUUCACUCACUUUCUAAGCCAAACAACGACGUUAGGCGUCCAAAAUUAUGCUAACUAAUUACGCUGGUAAAUAAACAAACAAAUAUAAACAAGUAAAAGCAACACAGCAACUUGCAAGGUAAACGAAAAUCGCCGCUACUCAAUCAGCGAAAUUUGCAAAUCAUAAAUUACAACUAAUUGAGGCAUACAUUUAGGCGCAUAAUAAAUAUAUAUCAACGCCUUGCUGAGACUGUGAAGGAAAGAGGCAAAAAUAACCCAUUUUGACUGUAGAAGUAGAAAAUGAGAGCAGUUGCAAGAGCGUGCUAGUCAUAGGGUCAAUGCAUUUAAAUGAAAUAUUGCCAAUAACGAGGCGCACAACAUUGAAAUACAUCAACUUCUAGUCAACGGCGCAGAGAGCGCUAACAGCACUACAAAAAUACAAUCACAACAAAAACGAAAAACUUAGACACAAUACACACAAGCACAAGAAAUGGUGUUCAUUUGGCGUCGACGCUCUGCGUCCAUUGUGAAAAUCGUUGCCAUGCUUACCGCCAUCUGGUUCACAGUGGCGUUCUUCCUAUACCACGAUGACUCUUCACAAGGUGGCAGUAGCAAAUGGAACGGCAUGUCGCUGGCGCUGAAAAGUGUUGGUGGUGGCAGUAACGUCGGUGCUGCCGCACCGCCCCCUAACGCGCUCGACGCUGAACCGGGUAUUUACGAGGGCGGUGGCAGUUUCGGCGUGGAUCGUGGCGGUGUGGCAGGGAACGAUGGUGGCGCGUACGUGGAAAGCGGUAGACGCGAACAGCGGCGCGGUGUAGGCGAUGUGCCACCACUCGAGGACAAUCAGCUGGAUGCAAAUGAAGAUUUAGCCCAACAGGCGGAUGGCAAUUUCGCGCCUGAUCUUAAUGUAGGCGAUGAAUCAGUGCAGAAUAAUGUGGUGGUGGAUGCAGCGGCACAAGAAAAUGAACGCGUCUAUCGUGGCAAAUUGAUUGCGGAUAAUAAACCCAGCAAGAGUGGAAUCAAAAAGGUGCCCGAAGAGGAUGACAAAGUCGUCCUCGUAUAGCCAUCUCCACCCAAGGAUGCGCCAGGUGAAAUGGGUAAACCUGUUGUUUUACCCACUAACAUGUCUGCUGAAAGGAAGAAGGCCAUCGAUGAUGGUUGGACGAAUAAUGCAUUUAAUAAACCCGAAGGUGAAGAUAUUGCGCGCCGCUAGCUGUGAGGGUCUGAUAAGAGCGCGUCUGCUGGGCCCCCAACAUUCCACAGCGUACUUGGAUUCGCACUGCGAGUGCAUCGACGACAGCGCUUGGACCUAAUGUGCGAAAGGUAUCACAACGAGGCUAAAUUUAGCUCUAAUUCUCCUGAUUACAAUAUGGAGAAAAUGAUAGUAAUGGUAGUUAUACCAUCUUCGAUCGUAUCCAUUGGUUUCGUGUUUGAGGACGUCUAAUUGAGAAAUAUUCUAUAUGAUGAUGUCAAGCCAAUGUGGUCAUUACUAGAAGGAUGAGGUGCAGCUUUAUAUCGAAAACGGUUUUUUUGAAAGCAAGCAAAGGUAUGUAUUUAAUAUUUGAUUUUUCAGGAUUGACUAGGACUUGAUGAUGCGGAUUCCGGUCGUGGCAUUGAUCCUUUGUUCUAUCUCUGGCAAAAAAUUCACAUUCUGUGCCAUAUUAGAGGAAUUGGUGCAGAAAAUGCUGUUAUCGUCGGUAAUUUUAAGUAUCAAAAUUAUUACUUUUUAUACUCUCGCAACAAAAGCUGCUAAGAGACUGUUAUAGUUUUGUUCACAUAACGGUUGUUUGUAAGUCAUAAAACUAAACGAGUUAGAUAUAUGUUUAUAUAUAUAAAAAUGAUCAUGAUGACGAGACGAGUUGAAAUCCGGAGGUCUGUCUGUCCGUCCGUCCGUCUGUCCGUGCAACGGAUAACUUGAGUAAAAAUUGAGAUAUCUAAACGAAACUUGGAACACGUAUUCCUUGGCUGAGGAGGUUGCUUUCGAAAAUGGGCAAAAUUGGACCAUUGCCACGCCCACAAAAUGGCGAAAACCAAAAACCUAUAAAGUGUCAUAACUAAACCAUAAAUAAAGUUAUUAAAAUAAAAUUUGGAACAUAGGAUCGUAUUAGGGAGGGGCACAUUUAGAUGUAAUUUUUUUUAGAAAAGUGGGCGUGACCCCGCCCUCCAAUAGGUUUUUUAUAUAUAACUCGCAAACCAAUAAAGCUAUAUAAACCAAACUUUCUGUAGUCCUCUUUUUUUUGCCGUUUCCUUAUACAGUCCAAAAUCGGAUAAUAAACACGCCCACCUCCCAUACAAAGGUUAGGUUGAAAAUGAAUAAAAGUAGGUUAACUCACUAAUGAGAAACCUCAGAAACACUAAAUUUUACAGAAGAAAUAGUAGAAGGAAGAUUUUUUUACAAAAUUAAAAAUGGGCGUGGCAUCGCCCACUUAUAGGUCAAAAACCAUAUCUCAGGAACUACUCUACAGAUUUUAAUGAAUUCGGUACUUAAUACCUUCUUGACACCCUGAUGACACAUGUGAAAAAUGGAUGAAAUCGGUCCAUAACCACGACAACUUCCCAUAUAACUCAAUUGUGAAUUCCAUCUGAUUUCUUCACUUUAUAAUUUAUACAUAAGGAACCAAUGAAGAUAGCGGAAUAAAACUUUACACAAAUAG